UCAGGGAGAAAGCCAAAAUGGACGACAAGACACUAGAUCAGCCGUGUCCAACCCUUUGACUACAAGGACUUUUCCGCCUAUCUGUGGUGGGGUUCCUGGCAAGUCAGUUCUCCCUCAGGCCUUCGGUUUCCUCACCUACAAGAUGAGAGGGCUGGACCAGAUGGAAAUUCGGGGGAGGGGGGGUCCGUAUCUCCUGCUGGGUGAGGUCGUUGGACACAGCGCACUUGGUGCGCAGCCCACGCAGGCUGCCGAUGGACAUGCCGAUGAGGUUCUGGAGCUGCCUGCACUGCUGCAGCGCCCGGCUGGCCGCCGCCCCUGCGCCUCCCACCGCGGCCGCCGCAUCACCCCCGCCACCGCCCUCCUUCUCUCCCAUCGCGGCCGCGCGGAGCGCCGCUCUAUGCAGGCCGCAGCGGCCAAGGCGGGGAGCCCGGAGCGCGGGCGCGUAGGCAAGGGACCCCCGAGCCGGGAAAGCUGGACCAGGAGCGCCCCUCAGCGCUGCCCGAACCAGGACGCCGGUAGAGCUGGCAGCCGAGUGUGCCACUCCCGCCCUCAGAGCCGCGGCGGGCAAAAAGCUGCGGCGUCGGGGGCAAAAAGGCGCGGCGUCGGGGGCAAAGAGCCGUGGCGGCGGGGGCAAAGAGCCGCGACGGCAAAAACCCGCGGCGGCGGGGGCAAAAAGCCACAAAAAGCCACGGCGGCGGGGGCAAAAAGCCGCGCCGGCAAAAAACCGCGGCGGCGGGGGCAAAAAGCCUCGGCGGCGGGGGCAACAAGCCGCAAAAAGCCGCGGCGGCAGGGGCAAAAAACCGCGGCGGCGGCGAGGGCAAAAAGCCACGGCGGCAAAAAACCGCGGCGACGGCGGCGGGGGCGGCGGCAAAAGUGGCGGCGGCGGCGGCAAAAGUGGCGGCGGCGGGGACGGAGGCAAAAAGCCGCGGCGGCGGCGACGGCGGCAAAAAGCGGCAGAGGCAGCGGCGGAGGCGGCGGCAAAAAGCGGCGGCGGCGGCAAAAAGCCGCGGCGGCGGCAGAAAGCUGCGCAAAAAGGGGCGGCGGCAAAAGGCGGCGGCAGAAAGCGGCGGCAAAAAGCCGCGGCUGCGGAAGCAAAAAUAUAUAUCUGUUGCUACCAACGGUGAGGUAUUCCUAA